GUUGUUCUGUAUACCCCGCAGUUUCGUCUGAUGUUAACGUUCCUGGCGGCUUGAGUACAACAUCUUCCGGUUGUGAGGUCGGAUUCCUUCGACUUGCUCCGUUGAUCGCUCUAGUGGACAUCGCGACUUUCAUCUGACACAUGUGCUCAAGAUUUUGUCCAGGCUUUGCGCUGGUAUAAAGCUCGGUCGCAGUGUUCUCGUUUGCGACAUCAUUCAAUCCUCAUCCUUCCCUUUCCUUCAAUCUUUCACUCCUUUGUUUUCGCUUCAGUCGUCAGCAUGCACUCUCUCCGUGUGUUCGUUCAAACCGCCGCCAUGGCCGGCGUUGCAUUCUCUCUGCCCAGUGGCACCAGUACUGCCAAGCGGGCGACUUGCACAGUCAACAGCGUCGACACCGCUUCAGACUUGUCGGAUUGCUCUGCUGUCGUCAUCGAAGCUUUCACAGUGAGCUCAGGAAACACUGUUACUAUCUCAGCGGCCUCUGGCGCCACAAUCACGAUGAGCGGAGAUGUCACAUUCUCGAAAACCUCCUCUGAUGGCCCAUUAUUCACGAUUGAUACCGAUGAUGUAACCUUCAAUGGCAAUGGUUACACUGUCGAUGGGCAAGGUGCAGAGUACUGGGACGGUGAGGGCACCAACGGUGGCGUUGAUAAACCUCACCCGUUUAUUAAGAUCAAGGGAUCUGGCACCUUCUCCGACUUCACCGUCUUGAACUCACCUGCUCAGGCCGUCUCAGUCGGCACCGAUGGAACUACCACCAUCAAAGGUGUCACUAUCGAUAACUCCGAUGGUGACGUCGACGAACUCGGACAUAAUACGGAUGGGUUCGAUGUCUCUGCUGAGGACGUGACUAUCACAGGUUGCACAGUCAAGAAUCAAGACGAUUGCAUUGCUAUUAACGAUGGUGGCAGUAUCACCUUCUCCAACAACACCUGCUCUGGUGGACAUGGCAUCAGCAUUGGCUCAAUUAGCUCCGACAAGAGCGUUUCCGACGUGACGAUCACCGGCAACACGGUUACUAAUAGCAUGUACGGUACUAGAAUCAAGGUCAAAGCAGCCGCCACCGACGCUUCGGUCUCCGGUAUCACCUACUCCGGUAACACCAUCUCCGGUAUCAGCAAAUACGGUGUCCUGAUCUCUCAGUCUUACCCUGAUGACGUUGGCACCGUUGGUACUGGAGGACCCAUCUCUGAUGUCAACUUCACCGGUGAUACUACCAAAGUCACCGUCGACAGUGGCGCUGUUAACGUCGCUGUCAACUGUGGUGCUUGCUCAGGCACCUGGGACUGGAGCGCCCUUGAGGCCUCUGGAGGUGAUGAAGGCGACAUCGACUCGGAUGAUGCCACUAUCUCUGGUGGUACCUACUAAGUUAUUUACAUGAUCGCACGACACCUCUGGCUGUAGCGCUCGCCAAACCUUCCUCGGUAUUCUCUCUUACCACGCCCCGCUUUCGUCGUGAAAUCUCUUUAGCUCGGUUGACUCCUAGCAUUACUACCUUCUUUUGCACUCCUACGCUCUUUACUGUUUGACACAGUCGCUCGACGCAAAGAGCUCGAGCUGGCUGUACGCUCCCUUCUACGACGACUUUCGCCUGCAUUUUCUGUUAUUUUAUUUACCAUCAGGUCGGAAACUUCGAGAUACUGAGGGGAGUUCCAAAUGAAUAAAU